UUUCCUUUUCGCCCCCCGGCCUGGAAAUCCUCUCCCUCUUCUUCCUCCUCCUCCUCCUCCACUUCCUCAUGCUCCUUCCUCUGACAGCAACUGAAGGAAAAGGGUAGGUCGUCGAUCUCGUCAACUUUUAAGUUUUAACGACCACUCACGGUGGGUCGGACUGGUACCGAGUCCUGGUGGGGCUUUCUUUUUGGGGAGGUGUUGAUGGAGGUGAAAGACUUAUAGGGAUUCUGGGUUAGAAGAGGGAGGACAAGAGAGAGGAGGGGUCAUGUAUAGAGAGAGGAUUGUGGGAUCGGAAGCGAGGGGAGGAGUGUCGAGGUCCGACCUCACUCUGCGUGACCCUCUCGAUCGGAAACGGAUCAACGAUGCACUGGACAAGCACCUCGAGAGGUCGUCGCCGUCGACAUCGAGAGUAGGGAUAAACGGGAAGGAUAAGGAUCGGGUUUCGUUCCCCUCGACGUCUGGUGGAAAGAUGGGAAUCGGGAAUGGGCGCGACAACAAGGACGGGCGGUUGGGAUCCCUCGCGAAGAAUAAGGCCUCCGAUGAAUCGGAAACAGAUAGUGAAGAGUCUGAUGUCAGUGGCUCUGAUGCCGAUGAUACAUCUUGGAUCUCAUGGUUUUGUAGCCUUCGGGGCAAUGAGCUCUUUUGUGAAGUUGAUGACGAGUACAUCCAAGAUGAUUUCAACCUUUGCGGAUUAAGCGGCCAAGUUCCUUAUUAUGAUUAUGCACUUGACCUUAUCUUGGAUGUGGAGUCAUCUCAUGCAGGAGAUAUUUUCACUGAGGAGCAAAAUGAAUUGGUUGAGUCAGCAGCUGAGAUGCUUUACGGCCUCAUUCAUGUCCGGUAUAUUUUAACUAGCAAAGGAAUGUCUGCCAUGCUGGACAAAUACAAAACCCAUGAAUUCGGAAGGUGCCCAAGAGUCUACUGUUAUGGCCAACCCUGUCUUCCUGUCGGUGAAUCAGACAUUCCUCGAUCAAGCACCGUGAAGAUAUAUUGCCCAACAUGUGAAGAUAUAUAUUCUCCCAGGUCUAAGUACCAGAGCAACAUUGAUGGAGCUUAUUUUGGAACCACCUUCCCACAUCUCUUUCUAAUGACGCAUGGAAAUCUCAAGCCACCGAAGCCAUCUCGAAACUACGUCCCAAGAAUAUUUGGUUUCAAAAUCCACAAGCCGUGAUAACUGGAUGGCGGAUGCAAUGAAGAUCUCAUGAAGAAGAGAUGAGAAAGUAACUUCUUGUGUUAGAGAGAUCCUCCCCAUGAAUGCAAGUCCAGCUUUAACGAUCCUUCUUUAUAAAUAUUCAUCAUGAUGUUUAGAAGCGAUUGACCUGUCUGAUUUUUGGUUUAUUUUUAAUUUGUAUCCAAAGAGCCUUUAGAGCUGUAAGCUUUAAAAAGCUGAGAAUUUGAUUAAAAUUCCUGCUAGUGUUGAUGUUA